CCUCAACCCCCUUCCCCUCCUUCUCCUGCCCCGCCUGGCCCCUCUCUUCCAGCACGCUCUGCCCCAGCCUCAGCAGCCCUCACGCCUCCCCACCGCCACACUCCCCACAGCCCCACACCAGCCUCCCCACUCCCUCGCCCUCCUGCAAUACCGCUCCUCGCACCCCCACGCCCCUGCGCUUGCUCAACAGCCUCUCGUCCCUUCCAGGGCUCCUCCACACCACACACAUGGCCUGCUACAACGCCUGCCGCUCCUGGGGACCCACCCCGCUGGCCAACAGCUGCAACGAGCCCUGUUCCCAGCAGUGCCAGGACUCCCGCGUCGUCAUCCAGCCUCCCGCCGUGCUGGUCACCCUGCCAGGACCCAUCCUCACCUCCCACCCCCAGAGCACCGCCGUCGGAUCCUCCUCAUCGGCUGCCGUGGGCAACGAACUCAGUGCCCAGGGAGUUGCCAUCAACUCCGGGGCCUUCGGCUACGGCAACGGCUAUGGCUUUGGAGGCCUGGGCUGCUUUGGCGGCAGAAGGGCUGGAUACAUCUGCUAAGGGCCCUCGCCACCACCCCUGACGGACACCACCUACCGCAUUGAAGCUACGCCAUGGAUUGUGGACUCACCUCUGGACCCUUCUUGCCACGUGGACCUGCUGUCCAUGGCUCUUCCUCUAAAGGAGCCACGAAGAUCUUGGUGCUCUGGCAAGAUCUAUGUCACAGAAGCAACCUCAGCUGAUGGUCACCCUACGUGCAGCAUAUACUUGUCACCGCCUACUUGGUGCUCCUGCCUUUUCACUCUUUUGUUUCCUCAAUA